AUGGCCUUUACAGAAAUUGAUUCAUUUGUCAAAGCAAACGAUUUUAAGAAAGUUAGACAGUACUGCGAAAAUUUAGAGAUUGAAGGCAGGGUACAUUCGAAACAUCAAUUGGAUACAAUCAAAAGCUACUAUGGAAUAUAUAUGCUUACUUUAUUAAUCGAAAAUGAUAUUGUUAACGCCAAACUUCUCUAUAAAAGAAUUCCUCAAGAUUUUAAAAAUUCAAACCAACCAUUAAAAAAUAUUUGGAAUAUUGUAAAGAGUAUUUCACAAUCAGAUUCAACUUCAACAUAUAAAGCUCUUUCAGAAGGUCUUGGUGAUGACUAUGCUCCACUCUUAAAUACUCUCAAGAAAUUAUACCAAUCACGUACAUUUAAUCUUAUUUCUGACGCAUAUUCAUCUAUUACUGUUAACGACUGCAGUUCAUUUUUAGGACUUUCAAAUGAUGAUACUAUUUCAUUUACCACCUCAAAAGGUUGGACCUUCGAUAAAGAGUCGAAUACUUUAAAACCAAUCCCAAUCCCAAAAAUUUCAUCAGCAUCUCCAAGUGGUAAUGAACAAAUCAAAAGUUUGGCUGAUUAUGUACUCUUUUUAGAAAAAUAA